UUCACUCAGCAAACAUCACACAACCUGCAGCAGCUCCUCUCUGAACCGGACCGGACCGCAGAUCGGACCAUGCUGCCACCGCUUCUGUGAUCCGUCUCUGUGGACUUGGAUGGACGAGCAGAACCGGACUUGAAGGCUAGACGGGUCGCUGAUUCCCAGCAGCUACAGUGGUUCCAGUAGAGAUGGGUUGUUUAGGCGGGAAGACGGACGAAGAGCGACUCGACGAAAAGGCCAAAAGAGAAGCGAACAAGAAGAUCGAGAAGCAGCUGCAGAAGGAGAGACAAGCGUACAAAGCAACACACCGCCUGCUGCUGCUGGGUGCAGGAGAAUCAGGUAAAAGCACCAUCGUGAAGCAGAUGAGGAUUCUCCAUGUGGACGGUUUCAACGCUGAAGAGAAGCAGCAGAAGAUCCAGGACAUCAGGAAGAACGUGAAGGAUGCCAUCGUGACCAUUGUGUCGGCCAUGAGCGCGCUGACUCCGCCCGUCCCUCUGGGUAACCCUGGCAACCAGUUCAGAGUGGACUACAUAAAGAGCAUCUCUCCGCUUUCAGACUUCGAUUACACGGAGGACUUCUUUGAGCACACCCAGAAGCUGUGGGAGGACGACGGCAUCAAGGCGUGCUUUGAACGCUCCAAUGAAUACCAGCUGAUCGACUGCGCCAAGUACUUCCUGGACCGGUUGGACUCUGUCAGGAAGACAGACUACACGCCUACUGACCAGGACUUGCUGCGCUGCAGGGUGCUGACAUCUGGGAUUUUUGAGACCAGGUUUCAGGUGGACAAAGUCAACUUCCAUAUGUUUGAUGUAGGAGGUCAGAGGGAUGAGCGCAGGAAGUGGAUCCAGUGCUUCAACGAUGUGACGGCCAUCAUCUUCGUAGCGGCCAGCAGCAGCUACAACAUGGUCAUCAGGGAGGACAACUCCACCAACCGCCUCAGAGAGUCCCUGGACCUGUUCAGGUCCAUCUGGACCAACAGGUUCCUGAAGACCAUCUCUGUGAUUCUGUUCCUCAACAAGCAGGACGUCCUGGCUGACAAGAUCCUGGCCGGGAAGUCCAAGCUGGAAGAUUAUUUCCCAGAAUAUACCAACUACCAGGUUCCUCCUGAGUCUGUUCCAGAUGUCGGCGAAGACCCCAAAGUGACCCGAGCAAAGUUCUUCAUCAGAGACGAGUUCCUGAGGAUCAGCACGGCCAGCGCUGACGGGAAACAUUACUGCUACCCUCACUUCACCUGCGCCAUCGACACGGAGAACAUCCGCCGCGUCUUCAACGACUGUCGUGACAUCAUCCAGCGCAUGCACCUGCGUCAGUACGAGCUGCUGUGAUUGGCUGAUGGUCCCUGCCAUGACUCUGCCUCUUCCUGUUAACCCUUCAAUGCAGACUUCUUCAUGUUUAGAGUAGAAAGGAGAAAAUCAGAGAGUAUGUAGUGGUUAUGAUUCAAAAGUUCAGGGUUAUGCAGAGCAUUAUGGGUAGUGUAGUGUACAGGCUGACAGAGUACAACCAUUUUAUUAAAAUAUUUUUCCAUGUUAAGAUUUUGAGUUCAGUUAUAGCCUGUUGCUGAUUGGCUGUUUUCAGAUGAUGUCACUUUUUAACCAAUCAGGUCUUAGAGCUCAUUUAUAAAAACAGGAAGUUGAUCUGCUGAGUUUGUUUAUUAGCAUUAAAGAGGAUUUAUCAGUGCA